AUGCGCAUCGUGCGUCGCAAGUACAAUGUAGGCCGCAUCGUUCGCAACCACUGGGUCGUUGGAGAUAUUCAGAUUGGAAUGAACCUUGUUUUCGUGGAUGUCAUGGACGAUGGCAGCUCUGCGAACCUCUUUGCUGUUAUCCAAAAGUAUGUGCAACGAGAUGUCGCCUGCACUGACAUAUGGAGAGGUUACAACGAUCUGACAAUGUGGGUUACACCCAAGAAACGGUCAACCCCUUGCGAACUUCGUGGAUCCGAUCACAGAAGUGCAUACGCAAUGCAUCGGAAGCGUUUGGUCUCACUUGAAGGCUCAAAUUCGCUCCGGGCUCCCGUCAAGCACUAA